GAGAAACACAGAUUCAAGUAUAGUGGUCUUCUCUUUGGGAGCCAACAAUCCUAGCAAUGGCUGACCCUAGACUUGCCCUAGCCUCCCUCUUUGUCUCCAUUCUGAUGCUUUCAAUAGCCCAUCCCUUCUUUGCAUGUCCCACUCAUUGUGAAAGUGAGAUAAAAAUGCAGAUGUAUUUGCACCAGGUGGUGUCCGGACCAACCCACAACCAAGAAGUUGUGUUUAAGUCUACUCCCCCUAUAGAGUUUGGUAGGACGGUUGCUUUUGAUUAUACUCUACUUGAUGCACCUGCACCGGACGCCAAAAUUAUUGGUCGUGCCAAAGGAACCCAUGUCCAGGCUGACCAGGUCAAUGCUGGAGAUUUCUCCCAUUUCAGUAUGAUAUUCCAGCAGGGACGGUUUACUGGUUCAACAUUUCAAGUUAUGGGGAUGACUCCUCCAAAUGGAGUUUGGGCAAUUGUUGGCGGGACCAAUGAACUAGCGAUGGCACAAGGUAUCAUCCAGUUUGCAAUAGUCAAAGGGACUCCAAACGUGGAGAGCUAUAGAGAACUUAAUAUUACUGCCUUCAUUCCAACAGUUAGCAUUGCAACUGGUAGCUUCGUCCAAUACUUUGACAUUUAA